GCUUGCCGUACUUUACGUCAUCAGUAGAAGCCGAACAGAUCAUGACAGAUUCCUUCAACUGAGCGUUCUUGACCUUUUAAACGUAUAUCAUUUAGUUGGGUCCAAAUCCAAAUUUUUCCUGUCUACAGAGUCCUUAAAGUAACGUUCAACAGAAUCAUCAUGUCAGUCAAACACGCUUCAGUUCAUGCCAAGUGGAUCAUCGGCAAAGUAAUAGGAACCAAGAUGUGCAAAACUGCCAAAGUGAGGGUUACAAGACUGGUUCUUGAUCCCUACUUGUUAAAGUACUACAACAAGCGGAAGACCUACUUUGCCCAUGAUGCUUUGCAGCAGUGCACUGUUGGCGAUAUUGUCCUUCUCAAGGCUCUCCUGGAACCCAGAUCUAAGCAUGUGAAGCAUGAACUGGCUGAGAUCGUGUAUAAAGUCGGUCGGGUAACCGACCCUUUGACUGGAAAAAGUGUUGCAGGAACAGAGUUUUUGGAGCCUCUGACUGAUCUACAAAUCGAAGAGGGGACGACUCUGUCAGAAAGAUUGCAGGAGCUGAACAUCUCUGCUACUUCCAAUGGAGGGGAUUCCACAUCAGCGCAAACUCCCUCAUUAUGAGAGAAUUCUGACUCUUUGUUUCUAUUGUAAUGUUUUUGUUUGAAGGGUUGAAAUAAAUACAUUUAUAAACAACAA